AUGUUGUCGCUACUGUUGGUUUCGGCGCUUUGCUUAGCGGCCCUUACCGAUGCUGGCUCAAAUGUAUACAAGGAUGACCAGCUCAUUCUUCAAGACGGCACGCAACACAAUAGCAAGCAGCCCAACAUUGUGUUCAUCCUGACCGAUGAUCAAGAUGCACGUAUGGACUCGUUGUCCUACAUGCCCUAUGUUCAGAAGCAUUUGAUCGACAAGGGAACGCAAUUUCGACGGCAUUACUGCACUGUUGCACUCUGCUGCCCAUCUCGAGUCAAUCUGUGGACUGGAAAAGCGGCGCACAACACCAAUGUCACUGACGUUAACCCACCGUACGGCGGAUACCCCAAGUUUGUCAGCCAGGGCUUCAACGAUGCAUGGCUCCCAGUCUGGCUCCAGGACGCCGGCUACAACACCUACUAUACCGGCAAACUGUUCAACGCUCACACCAUAACAAACUACGACUCACCCUUCGUAGCCGGGUUCACGGGCUCAGACUUUCUGCUCGAUCCGCAUACCUACGAGUACCUGAACGCCAGUUUCCAACGGAACCACGAAAAGCCCGUCAGCCAUGAAGGCGAAUACGCAACCGAUGUCCUGGCCAAAAAGGCCUACGGCUUUCUCGACGACGCAGUUGCAGCAGACAAACCGUUCUUCCUGGCGAUCGCCUCGAGCGCUCCGCACAGCAACGUCAAAUUCGCGGAUUCAUGGUUCGGCAACAACCUUACCGAGCAUUCGAUAGAAACAUCUCCACCCAUCUCCGCCGAGCGACACAAGCAUCUUUUCAAUGACAUUGUGAUCCCACGAACACCCAACUUCAACCCAGACAAGGCCAGCGGCGUCUCCUGGAUCUUACAGCUUCCCAAACAAACCCAAGAGAACGUCGACUUCAACGACGAAUUCUACCGCAACCGUCUCCGCGCCCUCCAAGCUGUUGAUGAGAUUGUCCACGAUGUCAUCACCAAGCUCGAGACCUACAAUAUCCUCGACGAUACCUACAUCUUCUACUCGAGCGAUAACGGCUACCACAUCGGCCAGCAUCGACUCCAGCCCGGCAAAGAAUGCGGUUUCGAAGAGGACAUCAACAUCCCACUGAUCGUCCGUGGUCCUGGUGUCCCGCAAGGUGGAGUCAGCGACAUCGUGACUUCGCACACCGAUCUCGCACCAACGUUUCUGUCCCUCGCACGAGCCGAGUUGCGCCCAGACUUCGACGGCGCUGCAAUCCCGCUGACCGCCUCAACACUCGAUGCCGCCAAGGACACACGCCACGAGCACGUCAACGUUGAGUACUGGGGUUUCGCGCUGGCAGAAGGCAACUUCGGCACCAAGAUGUACUGGAACAACACAUACAAGGGUCUCCGACUGAUUGGCAAUGGAUACAAUUUCUACUACAGCGUCUGGUGUAGUGGCGAGCACGAAUUGUAUGAUUUGACUAACGAUCCCUACGAACUUACCAACCUGUAUGCCACGAGUCAUUCGCUCCCAUACACAUUCGCCGACCAACAGAAAUCCGUCAAGCUGUCCAGUCUGCUCCCACGGCUUGACUCGCUGAUCCUGGUGCUCAAAACGUGCAGUUCCCGCGAGUGCACUCACCCCUGGGAAGUACUGCACCCGUCAGGACACGUCAAGGACCUCCACGAUGCUCUCGAUUCGCGGUACGAUGAGUUCUAUGAAGUGCAGCAGGAGAGAGUCAGCUUCAGCAAAUGUGAAAAGGGUUACAUUCUGGAAAGCGAGGGUCCGUCUGACAUCAAGCGGUUUUCUCUUGAGGACAUUGGUGCCAGAGGAGGAAGCAGAUGGAGCGAACUCGUGUAG